UUAUUUUUAAUUUGUCCUGGGAUGAAAGUAAGGGAGAGAAGCUGAACCUAUCUAGUUUCUAAGGGUGGAUGAAAGAGACAAAUGCACCAGCAGUAAAGCAUGGUCUUAAACUCUAUGAUGAGAUCAAAGCUAAGGGCUAUAAAGCUUUCUUGAUCUCUAGCAGAAGAGAAUGCCUAAGGGAUGCCACUGUUGACAACCUAAUCAAGGUUGGUUACCACGGAUGGUCUUAUCUCAUCUUGAGGGGUCUUGAGGAUGAACAUAGAGGAGUACAAAACUAUAAAGCAGAGGCAAGGAAACAACUGGUGAAUGAAGGUUACCGUAUAUAUAUCCGCUGGGCUAAAGAAGAAGUGAAGGAAAGGGUCCAGUGGCUAUUUUGAAGAUCUGAAAAUAGUUCUGUUAUUUUCAUUUGAGUCCUUUUAGAUUUAGUAGUCUUUUAAAUUUCCUAAAGUUGAUGUUUUCUAUAACAACACGUGUAUUGUCCUUGGCAAUUGUACUGUUAGAAUAGUACCUAGUCUAUCAUGUUUUAAUUGGUGCAGUACAUUAGCCACAGCUGG